AUGGCCUCGGAUUUCGCAUCAAAUUCCCAGUUGGAGCACCAAUUUGAUCGUCUCGGAGAGCUCCGAGAACGCAAAACUUGCCGAGAAUGCGGCAAGAAACGGCUCUAUUUUUGCUACGACUGUCGAAUCUACAUGGACGGUAUUGCCGGCCUGGUUCCGGAAGAGAUUGAGGUGAAAUUUUUGAAAUUUUUUGUCAUGGAUAAUAUAAAAAAUUGCGAUUUUUUGGCAAUUUUUUUGCGUUUUUUUUUGAAGAGGAAUUGAUGUGAUUUUAUCGUAGAAUGAUUGCAGCUACCAAUCGAGUUGGUAAUCAUCAAGCAUCCGGCCGAAAAAGCGGCCAAAUCCACCGCCAUUCACUGCCAAUUGGCGGCUCCUUGCAGCACCAAAUUCUACGACUUCCCGGCGCCCGAGAUCCCACAAUUUGAUGCCGCGGACACCGCGAUCAUAUUUCCGUCACAAUCCGCCCUCCCGAUAGAUCAGUUUUUGGAGCAGAGGCCGGCGUUGAGACGUUUGAUUGUCCUGGAUUCCACUUGGAAUGCGGUCGGCCAGCUGCGAAAUAUGCCGCAGCUCCGAAAGUUACCAUGUGUGGCGCUUAAAAAAUACACUACGGAGUAUUGGCGACCGCAGGCAUGCGAUUUUUUUCUACGAAUUUGAGAGAUUUCGUUGCGGUAGAACUCUCCCCCUUUUUGAACACUCCCCCUCAUUUUGAAAACUGAAAAAAUUAGGUGUGACAUGUUAUACGAUGAAUUUUUUUUUUCAAAUUGAAAAACUGAGGUGUGACAUGUUAUACGAUGAAAGUUUUUUUCAAAUUGAAAAACUGAGGUGUGACAUGUUAUACGGUGGAAUUCUUUUUCAAAUAAUUUUCUCAAUUUGAAAAAAAAUUCAUCGUAUAAGAUGUCACACCCAAUUUUUCUCAAUUUGAAAAAAUUUUUUAUCGUAUAACAUGUCACAGCUCAGUUUUUCAAUUUUCACAAUGGGGGAGUGUUCAAAAAAGGGAAGAGUUCAGAUUUUUUGGUGAAAAUCAAAAAAGGGGGAGAGUUCCGCCUUUUUUGGGGGAGAGUUGAAAAAGGGGGAGAGUUCGGAUUGGGGAAAGUUCAGAAAAGGUAUUCCGGAGUACUUCCCCUGUCAGUUUGAUGUGCGACGCUCACAUUUUCUUUAAAUUUACCACACACGUCGGGUAUGGACUAAAUAUCAAUUCCUGAAAAUUUUAGCUCCCACUUACCACAGACAGCCGAGAUAUCGAACGAUUUUGCCGCCGAGAGAGCACGCUAAACGUGGAGAGCGGUCAGAGAGAAAAAAAAACGCUUUUUGGACAUAACUUUGGAAGUUUCGUGCGGGACAAUUUGAUUUUUUGUAGAAACAUUAUUCUUUAUGGUAGAAAUAGGCAUGAAACUUUUCGUGCCGAAAUUCGGCAAAAAGUCCUAAAUUUUGGCCGACUUUCGAUCUAAAAAUCUCGGUUGUUUCUGCAAAGCGCGAGCUAGGAUUCUCGCAUAUAUCUUAGAAAAAAUUAUUCUAAAUUUGAGCCAAGUUUUAUCAAAAUCUGAGCGUCGCACUUGGAGUACUUCCCCUGUGAAAAAAACGAACGAACUUUCUGGACGACCCAAUAUUAAGGAAAAUUUGAAUUUUUCCUCAGCUUUUUAGUAUUUUUAGCCGGGAAAAUGGAUGAAAUUAGUACAGGGUGCGGCAAUUUUUCGGCCGGAUUUUAAUUAGCCGUAACUUUUUUAUUUUUUGGGCAAAUGUUAAAAUUCUUUUUUUCCCUGAAUCCAUAGACAACCCCAUUUUGUUUAAUACCAAAUAUGUUAUACCCGUUCGUUAGACUACAGUAAAAAUUCGAGACAAAGAAAAAUCUCUAAUUUUCAUAGCUGACAAUGGAAUUACCCCUAGUGCGACCCCCAGAUUUUCUUUAAAUUUUGCACAUGGGCCGGACAUAGGCCACACAUCAAUUCCUGAAAGUUUCAGCCCGCAUCUUUCAGGGGCGACCAAGAUAUUCAACGAUUCUUUGCGGUCAGGAGGGCACAUGAGUGGUCACGCAGGAAAACUUUUUGGCUAUAUCCUCGCUAGUUUUGUGCGGAGAUAGCUGAUUUUUUGUGGAAACGGUAUUCUCCAUGGCAUGAACAGGCAUGAAACUUUUUACGACAAAAUUCGUAAAAAAAAGUCAUGUUUUCUGGCGAUCUUCACACACGCCGAAAAAGCAGAGAAAACGACCGAAAGGCCAAUAACUAUGAACUAGGUCCCUGUAUAUAUAACAUAUUUGGUAUUAAACAAAAUGGGGUUGUCUGAGAAUUCAGGGAAAAAAAGAAUUUUAAAAUUCGGAUAAAAACUAAAAAAGUUAUAGCCAAUUCAAAUCCGGCCGAAAAAUUGCCGCACCCUGUAUUUAAAUGUCAUUUAGGACACAAAAGUCAAUUUGAAAUUGAAGUUUGGCAUAUACGAACAUAGUAAACCACAAUUUUCACCUCUUUUUUUUUAAACUUUUACCCAAUUUUUGCAGAAGAAUUACAAUGACGAGUGUCUAGCCACAAUUGAGGCCAUUUACUACGCCGUUCGCGAAGUGCAGACCGCAAAACAGCCCGAAGUGCAGUAUGACGGACGUUUCGAACCCCUCCUUUUUUGGUUUCGCUUCUUCAAACGCGAGUUUGUCGACAAAUCCGAGGGCGUGAAGCGAAUCCCGGGAAACAAUGGGAGAGGAAGGUACAAAAAUGAGACCAAAAAUGGACAACGAGAAGUCCUAGAGGCCUAA